CGAGGCAAAAGCCAAGCGGGGGACAGGCUGGGACCGGCGAGGCUCGCUCGUGCCUUCCCCAUUCCUCGCGGGACGCACCGUGCGCUCUUCCUCUCGCCCCCGCCCGGCCCAAACUUUGUUCGGCCGCCCCUCUCUCCGUGCGCGGCCGCCCAGCCGACGUGAGCGAGGAGCCCAGAGGGACGGGCUGUGCGCAGGGAGCGAGGCGAGGCGAGCCGGGCGAGAGAGGGCGGACGGGCCACAGCGGCACCGACCGCGGCAGCCCACCCCGCCGCCCACCCCCUUUCCCCUUUGCUCCCGCAAGCCGGCCAACUCCGCCCUGGAGCGAGCCAACAAGUGAAGAGCGGCGGCUGCGGCGGGAGCCAAGACGAGGAAGGAGGGCGAGGGGGAGCCAGCGCGUCCAUUUCUGCAGCCGGGGCGAGGGGAGCGCAGCAGACCUGCCCGGGAAUCUCCCGCUCCCGCUCCCUCUCCCACGGCUCGUUCUCCCUUCCCGCUUUGGGAGACUCUCCGUUCCUCGCGACCUCCUGCCCUUUGGUUGUUGCGCCUGGAGGAGCUGCAACCCGGGAAUAAUGCGGAGCGUGUGGAUACCGCUUGCUUUCGCCUUGGUGGCCUGCGCCUCAGGGGAGACGAGAGGAACAUUGACUUCUGAUAAAGACCUAUAUCUUGACAACAGUUCCCUUGAAGAAGCAUCAGGAAUGUAUCCAAUUGAUGAUGAUGAUUAUACUUCUGGAUCAGGCUCAGGAGCUGAAGAAGAAGACGAAGAAGAAGAAAACACAGUGAUAGUGACAACGUCUAGAAUCCUCCCAAAGAUGCCGCCAACUAGUGAUGCUCCUAGAACUGAGAGAACUACACUGAAAACACAGACUAAGGUAGCUACACAAACAAAGUCCCCUGAAGAGAUUGAUAAAAAGAAGAUACUCAAGCCUGAUGCUGAAAACAAAAACACUAAGAAUGAACCAGGUGAAGAUACGGACGUAUUCACUCAAAAGCACUCAGAAAACCUUUUUCAGAGAACAGAAGUACUGGCAGCUGUUAUUGCUGGUGGUGUUAUUGGAUUUCUCUUUGCAAUCUUCCUUAUUUUGCUUUUGGUAUAUCGCAUGAGGAAGAAGGAUGAAGGCAGCUAUGACCUCGGGGAACGUAAACCAUCCAGUGCUGCAUACCAGAAGGCACCUACUAAAGAGUUUUAUGCAUAAAACUCUUAACUUAAGUGUCUCUAUUUAAGAGAUCACUGAACUUUUUAAAUAAAGCUUUUUUUUGGCAUAGAAUAAUGAAGAACCUUUUUUUUUCAUUAAAGAGCCUUUAUGGCACCUUUAUGAUUAAAAAAAACCCAUUGUAUUUAAAACUUUUCAUGUAUUCCUUUUAAGAAAAUGUAAAGUAAAAUCUUAACAUUUUGCAGUGUUCUGUGAAUAACAGUGGCAAAAUAUUAUUUUAAAUAGCCAUUGAUGUUCACUGAAUCAUUUUAAAACUUUAUGCAUAAAUGAAAUUGUUUUAUCCUAUGAUUCAAUGGAAGUUGUUUAAUUUUUGUCAGCAUGUCUGAUCUUACAAGUUAGUUUUUAUUUCAUUAAUUUAUCUGUUUCCAAAAAUAAAAUAAAUGCCUUUUUGUAGUUGUCAUGGUGCAAUUUGUCUUCGGAUAACUCAGAUAAUGGUAACUCUUAGUGUAAAUGUAUUUUUUCAGCUAUCUAAACUUUAACCUCCACUUUGUAUAAAUUUUACUGUCAAAAGAUCCAUUUUACACCUUGCUUUGUUUCUCAAUGUUCCUGUAGCUUCAUUGAAAAUUACAGCAGCAAAUUAAUGUGUAAAAUUGUACUAUUACAGCAAACUAUGUAGUCGUACCCUUACAAAACAAAUCUUCUUUAUGGGAGGUUUUGUAGUAAGCUACUGACAAGCCUACACAAACCCAAAGACUUAACAGUAUUUCAAGAACUUGCUGCAAAUUUCUAUGGCCACUAUUUUUUAAUUUCUUGCAAUUUGAAGGUACGAAUAGGAAUUCAAGAAGAAUUUCCUUUUUUUUUUUUUUUUGUUCUUAAAAAUGCAUUUAAGUUGUAAACGUCUUUUAAAGCCUUUGAAGUGCCUAUGAUUCUACGUAACUUGUUGCAGACUGGUGUUAAUGAGUAUAUAAGAGUAAAAAAAAAGAAAAUGUUGGUAUUUUAUAAGCACAGACAAUUCUAAUGGUAACUUUUGUAGUCUUACAUGGAUAGACAAAAAUUGUAAUUUGGGAACAUAAACACUACUGAAUAAAUCAUGUGGCCUAAUACUGAA